CUCAGAUUUUUGUUUAACUUCCCUUCAUUUUCAUGGCUACUCAAAACACACCCUUCGAUCUUAUCAUGAAAGAAGUUGUUCUUAUCAAACCAUCAAAACCAACACCUUCCUCUAUUCUUCCUUUAUCUACACUGGACAACAUACCUGUCCUUUAUAGCCCAUGCCACACCCUUCAUGUAUUUCAAUCAAAAACUCAUGAUCUUGAUGAACCUGGUUGCCCUAAUCACCAACUGCUAGAUCCUGCUAAUAUGAUUAAAGCAGCAAUUUCAAAGGCUUUAUUCUAUUAUUAUCCUCUAGCAGGUAGGCUAGUAAAGCACACUGAUGGAAACUUCAUGAUCAACUGCAGUGCAGAAGGUGUUCCGUUCUUGGAAGCCAGUGCCAGUUGCAAUCUUUCUUCUCUCCAUUGCUUGGAUGGCACUGACAUGGAAAAUUCUAAACACUUAGUGUUUGACCUUCCUUCUCAAAGUGAAAGUGGCUACCAAUAUCCCUUGGUGUUCAAGGUGACAACCUUUACUUGUGGGGGGUUCACCAUUGGAAUGGGGCUGUUACAUACUCUUGGUGAUGGCUUUGGAGCAUCUCAGAUCUUGAAAGCCAUCAUUGAGCUUGCAAGGGGGGAAAGUGAGCCCUCUGUGAAGCCUGUGUGGGAGAGAGAGAGGCUGAAGGGAUCAAUCACUAAACAGCCAUUGCUAUUUGAUUCAGUGGAUGAGGCCUCAGCUGCUGUUUCACCCUUUCUUCCAACCGAAAUUCUCGUGCAGGAAUGCAUUAAGGUUAACAGUGACAGCAUCAGUAGACUGAAG